UGUUAAUGAAGUGACCAACCACAACUAUUGUUGCAAAUGUUUUAAUUACGUCUGUAGUACUUGUCAUAAAAUCGAGAUAUUUUGGGGAAAAGGAGAUUAUUUGCAAGGUUUUUAGUAUAGAAGCUGUGUUGACAAUUUGCUAAGAUGGAUAACAUUGAUGAAAUUGAAACGAGGCGUCUCCUGUCUUCACAUGAUCAGCGGAGAACUAUGGAGAAACUGACAGACAUUGAGCUGACAAGCAUUGACAGCACUGACCCUAAACCAAGGUCGUUCGAAAACGCAGAUGCCACAGCCAUCUUGAUUCAGGAGGAUGAUAUCGAGACUCCAUAUGGCAACAUGCAUGUGGCCAUUCAGGGGGACCGAUCCAAGAUGGCCAUCCUCACCUUUCAUGACAUUGGACUCAACCACGCGACCUGUUUUCAAGGGUUCUUCAGCUAUGCAGACAUGCAGCCAAUAUUACGACACUUCUGCGUCUACCAUGUCAAUGCACCAGGGCAAGAGGAAGGAGCUCUCCAACUGAAACCAGAACACGAUGUUCUGGGUAAUCCUGAUUCUCUAGGUAGCAGGUUUGUCUUUCCAACCAUGGAUGAACUGGCAGAGGGCGUUCACUCAGUUGUGGAGCAUUACGGGCUGAAGAGAUUCAUUGGCUUUGGAGUCGGCACUGGAGCCAACAUCCUCACUCGAUAUUCACUGCUUCACCCGGACCAAGUUGACUCCCUGGCGCUGGUCAAUGCUACUGCCAGUCAGGCAGGCUGGAUGGAAUGGGGAUACCAGAAGAUGAACUCCUGGUACCUGUUCUCUGGACAGCUGACCAACUUCACUGAGGAAUACCUUCUGUGGCACUGGUUUGGACAGAAAACUCGCUGGGAUAACCAUGAUCUGAUAACUGUAUACAAGGAAUACAUCAAGUCCAUCAAUCCACAAAACCUUGCUCUCUUCAUCGAGUCCUACCUGAAACGUACAGACAUGAACAUUGUCCGGGAGCUUGACCCAUUGAAGAAGAUGCAGAACAGGACUAUCAGGUGCCGGUCACUGAUGCUUGUUGGAGAUGAUUCUCCCCACAUGGAAGAUGUGGUCAACAUGAAUGGACGCAUGGACCCACAGGAGACAGACUUCAUGAAGAUCGCUGACUGUGGAGGGAUGCCGCUGGAGGAGCAGCCAGGCAAGGUCACCGAGGCCUUCAAGCUCUUCCUGCAGGGCAUGGGCUACGUUCCCUCUUUGCCGCAGUCCCGAAGCACUGCAGGAAGGAUCAGCCAGCUCAGUUCCUCCAACAACCUGGGGAAUAAGACAGCAGCUGUCUGUUAGUGUCUGUCCAUGUGUAGACCCCCGACAUUGCCACUCCAAGUACAUCAGCUCCGAUAGAGCUACCUAGCUAGAUUGCUGUAGCAGCUGGCAAACACUGACCGCCAUCUUUGUCCUGUACACUAUUUUGAUUUCUCGGUUUGAGAAAGGCUGUGCACUCAUUUGUGCUAACAGAGUUGAUUUGUGUUGUGAACUGAAGGAUAUGUAAGGUUUGGGGAAGGUGUUAUGUGAUAUAUCUGAGCAGCUAAAAUGACCCAUCACAUGACCUGGUUUCAACUCCUGUGGUAUGUGCUGACAGAGUUUGUCAUGAGUUUGUUUGAUCACUUUGACUAACGAAGCAGAGAGAAACAUGGUUAACUUUCAAUAUUUGUUGUGUCUUGGCAAUAACAUGUGUCAGUCGAUCCUGGAAAAUAAUGUUAUUUGUGUACAGUGUUUUGCAUUAGAACUUGUUGCUUAUCAUUAAUCAAGACAAAUGUGGAAUAUUGGAGGAUUUUUUAAACUUUUGAUCUGUAUUUUAUGAUAUUUUGCUUCAUGAAAUUUUAUUUGUCACAGUCACUUUAUCUGAACGAGAACAUCAGAGAACAGAAUUCUCCCUUGGCAGAAAGAUUGGAACAUGUGAAUUCCCUGAGAAAAAUAUUCUGUUAAUACAUUGACUAGAAACAAGAUAUUGCCACAAUAAAAGUCAUAUUUGCAAGAUAUUUUAAAAUAUUUUACCUACAACUGUUGAUAGACAAUAUUUACAUGAUAUUAUUGAUGACAGUUCCUUGAGUUAUCAGGACGGAAUAUACAAUGUUUUACAGUCAAUAUUUUAACAAUGUUAUAAUAUCAUUGAUUGAUAUGAUUCUGCUAUGGCUGUGAAAAUAUUCCACAGUUUAUUUGAUGGAGCAAUUAUGUCAAAAUAACUAUAUCAGGAAUUGCCACUGAUUGCUAGCACUGUUGUGAGGAUAAUACUGGAAGAUGACUCUUGGAUACACUGCAGUCUUGUAAUAGUUGUAACAUAAUCAAAUUACUUGACAUUGUCUGAUGUCUCAGUACAUUUGUUACACAACAUUUGUUUUUAACAUGUAUGAAUUUUAUGCCCUUUUGUAAAUAUUUUGCUUCUCAUAUUUUCCAUUUUAGUUGUCAUGUGAAUGAAAGAUUUAAUUGUGUACAGAUUAUGUCUAUUACAUUGAGACUGGAAAAUUAUCUUGAUUAUGCUGUAAUAUCAUGCCAUGAACCACUUGGUUUUAGUAAUCUUGAUUCUAAUUUCAUGUCUAAUUUCUAGUCGAAAACGUUCAGAUUUCUUUAAGUGUCCUGGAGCAGAUCGGUAUAUCAGCUGAUAAUGUUGCAUCUUGCAGUGUCUUGACCACUGUUUUUAAGCCUGCAUGUUCAUUUCAUAUUCGCUGUUUCUUUUGCACAAACUAAGGUCACAUUCCUAUGACAUACAAAAUAAUAUGCACCUGGAAACAUAUAUAAAAAACAUCCAAGUUUUCUU